AAACACGAGAAGAAGUGACAAGUAGUUGAAAACCCGAUGGUACGGUUACUACUAGGAAACAAUUGUUGCGAUAAAAAGUGUUUAAAAGAAGCGAACAAUAUAACUAUGCACGUGUAUAAGUAUGAACAAAAAUUUAAUUUUAUAUUCUGCUAUUGUUAAGUCUCCGAUACUCUGUUACACGCGCAACACCACGCAACACUCAGGUGGUGAAAGUGAGAGGUUCGAAUGAAAUGGAUUCACCGAUUCUGAGUCGUUCAAUUGUGAUGCAUAAAUAGUGAAACCAAGUGAAAUAGUAUGACAUUGACAUAAGAUUUUAAUAAUAGUUUUGUAACCUAGUUUGUCUGGUCUGUACGACUAUAUUUCGUAAACAAUCGAAGGUACAAAAUUUGCGUUUUGACGUUCGUUUAACAUUGUUCAAAUUACACAACAAUCAUGCUAGUUCCAGUAGAAUUCUUAGAGAUACAUGUACCGUAAACAGUUACCUGAAAAGACACGUAUAUUUCUUAUAUCGAUAAAUGCAAGUGCAUGCAAGUGACAGUAAUUGAGGAGUAAUCAAUCGCAAUAUACAUGCCUCGCAAACGAAGGAAAAAGCUAGAUAAAUGAAAAUACGAUGCCAGAAGUACACAAAUUAGAGCGAUAAAGUGAUAAGUUUAUCGAGUUUUCUGGUUUGACGUUUUAAAUAUACAAACGAUGGCACCCACGAGAGAUAAGUGGGUGAGGCGUUUUAUUAUUCCUGAAACGACACUACAUAAGAAAGGCUUCACUAUUUACAAAGUCACAUCUGUGGUAUUUUUAAAAUCGUCUCACGAAGAAAUUUCCAAAGUAUCUGUAUGGAAACGAUACAAUGAUUUUAAGAAACUUCAUUCUGAAUUAAGUGUACUGUGCUCACGAUCUCAAAUUAAAGAAAGUUUCCCAUUGUUACCAAAGCCAAAAUUUUUUGGCAGGUUUGAAACAGAAGUAAUCGAAGAAAGGAGAGAAAGCGCAUUGAAGUUUUUAGAAUUUAUCGGAAGGCAUUCGUAUUUAUACUCUAGUGAUAUUUUCAUAAAGUUUUUUGAAACUAGUCACGCAGAUUAUUCCUUAAGCGAUUGUUCUCAAUCUCUCAGUUCUGACACAUCAGUUGAAGAUGAUCAUCGUACUUACAUAAAUGCUUUACCCACUGAUGACAUUGUUUCACAAAAUAUUUUUCAACCUAAAAGUAUUCAAAAUUCAUUACCAAAUUCGUGUUCCAUAUUAUCUAUUUCUGUUCCCAAAGAUGAAGUAAAACAUUCUCAAGAGAUAUCUAAAUGUACAGAAUUACAAUCUUCGCAAUUAAAUAACACAGAUUACAAAACUGAGAAUGAAAAGAUAUCCACAACAAAAAACACAAUUACUAAUAUAUUUGUAAAACAUAGUGAUUCAGAAAAAAUGAUAUCAACACUGGAGGAUAAUCAAUUAAUAUCUACUAAGAAUAACAAUUGUUAUAAAGACUCCAAUCGUAAUGUAAAAGAUGGCAAUGAUAUUGUACUUGUACAAACAUCAAAUAAUAAUACAAAAGUUAAUGUAGCUACUGAAGAUUUAGGGUCUUCAAUAAUGGCACACGAUGGAUCUGAUUUACCGCAAUCGUGGCCAGAUUCUUCGCAGUAUAUUUUAAUUGCUGCUGCACAUAUGAGCGCAGCUUUUAGACAUGAAGAUCUUACAGAGUACGAAGAAGCAUUUACCCAGUAUAAAAUGGGCAUAUCCAGUUUACGAACGGGAGUUGAAUGCGAUUCAAAUAAAAUGAGAGCAGAAAUAAUUAAACAAAAAAUAUCGAAAUACUUAAAGCGUGCUGAGAAACUUUACAAUAGAUAUUUGAAUUGUAAUAUCUCUUUAUUAAGUAAACCUAUCUCAGAACUUCAACAUUAUAAAGCAGUCAAAAUUAUUGAAUCGGUGAUGCUCGUAAAGGACGUCCGCCGAAACUGUCUCAAUAUCGUGAAGGCUAUAGAAAAAUCAUCUACAAAUAAAGAAAAUAUAAGUAAUUACAUAUUGCGCGGGCAAGUACCGUACAUGGUACAAUUACAUGCAUGCAUUGAGACAGAAACAACAGCAUUCUUAAUUUUGCAAUAUCUAAGCCGUGGAAAGUUAUGGGAUUUUAUAACAUCACAUUACAACUCCAGUAGUAAUGAAAUGCGUGAUAAAAUAGUUUUGGAAAAUAAUACUGAAAAAUCAGUCAUUGAUAAUAAUAUUAUUUUAGAACAAAACAAUUCCAAAAAUGAAAUUGAAAGCACUACUGCAUCAAUAGAAAAUUUAAAUUUCCUUAGUACAAAUUAUAAAGUACAAAUGGAGAUGCAUCCAAUGACAUUAGAAGAAAAAUAUGAGAACUAUAGGGAUGUAUCUACGACACAAUUGUUAGAAAAGGCACAAAUAUUGUUGCAAUCGGUUAAUGCAACUUUGAAAGAAAGUAAUACUGUUGCUAGCCGAUUACAUGAUUCUCAUUGUUUAAUGAAUCAUGAGGAUAACACUACAUUAUUAAAUUUGAAAAAUAGCAGGUGUCAGUCUAAAGAUUGGAAUGGAGCAUCAGUGGAUGUUAAUGAAAUAUCGUUACAAAUUGACGGUAUAAACAAAAACACUGUAAUCGAAAAAAUACCUGAAAAUGUGAUAAUUUCGAAUUAUUUACCACUAAACAAUACUAACAAAAUAAAAAGUCAGUGCAGUACCGAUAAUUCGUCGUUGAGCGAUAGUUGUAAAGAUCUGAGUUUUGAUGAAAAAGAGUCAACAAGUUCUUCAAUGGAUAAUUUAAAAUUUGUUAGCAAACAUAUUGCGAUAAAACGUCUAAAUAGUAAUAAAACUACUAACAUUACAGAUCGCUGUGAAUUAAAUCGGUCGAUAGAAUCCUAUAACAAAUCUGAAGAAAUAAAUUAUUGUUCAUCAGAUAAUAAAAAAAUACAAUAUAUGAACACUACUCUAUUACUAGAAUCAACAAAAAACAAUUCGGAUGUUGAACAGGAACUUUGGAUAAUACCAGAAAAUGUAAUACGUCUCUGGGCUGCUGAAAUACUUUUAGCUUUGGAAGGGUUACAUCAACAAGAAGUUCUAGUCUUUGAUUUAAAACCGGAUAACAUAUUACUUGAUGAUCAUGGACAUGUUCAGUUGACGUAUGUUGUACCCAGUCAAGACGUAGAUUUAUUGAAAUAUAAGCACCCAUAUGCGUCUCCUGAACUGUGUAUGUUUUCGCCUAUGAUCACUCUUACUUCUGCAACGGAUAUUUGGAGUUUUGGGGUUAUCUUGUAUGAAUUACUAGUAGGCAAUAAAUUUCAGACAAAACACCCGUGCGUAUUUCAAUCGCAUUCCAUAAUUAACAUUCCUAGUAAGCUGUCGGAGGAUGCGAAAUCUCUACUUCUUAAUAUAUUGAAAUACCAACCAUACGAAAGGAUGACAAUACCUGAGAUAAAACAACAUCCCUUCUUCAAAGACAUUAAUUGGUCAAGUCUGGUAAAUACACUGUAAGGUUAUUAGGUAGUACAUCAAUAUUGAUAAAGUUCUUUUC